AUGCAUAUAAAACAGGUUAUCAUUCAGGGUUUCAAAAGUUAUCGUGAACAAACUGUGGUAGAGCCUUUCGACAAACGGCAUAAUGUGGUUGUGGGAAGAAAUGGAUCUGGCAAAAGCAACUUUUUCUACGCCAUUCAGUUCGUCCUUAGCGAUGAGUUCACGCAUUUGCGGCCUGAGCAAAGACAGGCUUUACUUCAUGAAGGAACAGGCCCUCGAGCUAUGUCUGCGUAUGUUGAAAUAAUCUUCGAUAAUUCCGACAGUCGUGUCCCGAUUGAUAAAGAUGAAAUAUUCUUACGACGUGUGAUUGGGGCAAAGAAGGAUCAAUAUUUUUUAAACAAAAAAGUCGUGCCGCGUUCGGAAGUGGUGAACCUGUUAGAAUCGGCUGGCUUCUCUAAUUCAAACCCUUACUACAUCGUCAAACAAGGCAAAAUCAAUCAAAUGGCAACUGCUCCGGAUUCACAGCGUCUCAAGCUGCUUCGUGAAGUAGCUGGCACAAGAGUGUACGAUGAACGAAAAGAGGAAUCAAUGAACCUUUUGCGAGAGAGUGAAGGAAAAUUAGAAAAAAUUUCUGAAUACCUCCGCACCAUCGAGGACCGUUUAAAAACGCUGGAAGAAGAAAAGGAAGAGCUGUCAGAGUACCAGAAAUGGGAUAAAUCUAGACGAACGUUAGAGUAUAUUAUUUAUGAAACGGAGUUAAAAGACACGAAGAAACAGCUGGAGGAUUUGGAUGUGCAACGAAAAUCUUCUGGCGAUAAACAGAAACUGCUAACACAAGAUAUACAGAAAGCUCAAGAGAAGGUGAAGGGAGCCCAAAAGGCAUUGAAAGACGCAAAGAAAGAUGUUAUUUCUGCAAAGGAUGAAAAAUCAGUUUUAGCUACAGAGCAUCAGCAGCUGUUGCGCGAAAAAACAAAACUGGAUCUGACCAUUUCUGACCUGUCGGACGAAGUGCAGGGUGAUAACAAAUCGAAGGAACGCGCUGAACAAGAAUUGGACCGGUUAAAGAUCACUAUUGCUGAGAAAGAAAAAGAACUUGAGCUUGUUCGGCCACGUUACGAAGCUAUGCGGCGUAAAGAAGAAGAAUGUUCACGCGAGCUGAACUUAAAAGAGCAGAAGCGGAAAGAACUUUACGCUAAGCAAGGACGAGGAUCUCAGUUCUCGUCAAAAGAAGAACGUGAUAAAUGGAUACAAAGCGAGCUGAAGUCUCUGAACAAGCAGAUUAAAGACAAAAUAUCCCAUCAAAAUAAACUACAAGAUGACCUUAAAAAGGAUAUUGCGAAACAGAGCGAACUAGAGAAAAAAAUUCUGGACCAUACAGAAUCUUUCGAGCAGCUGCGUGUGCAAAUUGAUGAACACAACAAAAACUUCUACGAAUUAAAGAAAAAGAAAGAUCACUAUCAAAGUAUCCGGAACGACAUUUGGAAAAAGGAAACAUCAGUCACUCAAACUCUUUCUGGCCACAAAGAAGAAUUGGCCAAAACUGAUCAAGCGUUACGUUCGAUGGCUGGUAAACCGAUACUUAACGGGCGUGAUUCCGUGCGCAAGGUGCUUGAAAGCUUCCAACAAAGAGGUGGACAAUAUGCGGAAAUCGCCGAUGCCUAUUAUGGGCCUGUAAUUGAGAAUUUUAAUUGUGACAAAUCAAUUUAUACUGCAGUGGAAGUAACUGCCGGUAAUCGCCUAUUUCAUCACAUUGUUGAAUCAGACCGGGUUGGAACGCAAAUUCUGAAGGAAAUGAACAAACAGAAGCUACCUGGCGAAGUGACGUUCAUGCCACUAAAUCGUUUGCAAGUUAAAAUUCACGAUUACCCGGAGGAUCCUGAUUCGAUUCCGAUGAUAUCGAAACUUAAGUAUGAGGAACAAUAUGAUAAGGCGCUCAGGUAUAUAUUUGGAAGAACGCUUAUUUGUCGUAACUUGGAGCGCGCUACUGAACUGGCCAAAAGCACAGGCCUGGAUUGCGUGACUCUCGAAGGUGAUCAAGUUUCUUCGAAAGGUUCACUCACUGGCGGAUAUUUCAACACAUCGCGUUCACGUCUCGAGAUGCAAAAGAAACGAUCCGAGUUUCUACAAACUAUUUUGGAUCUGGAGAAAGAGCUGUCGGACUUUCGAAAUGAAUUAAAGCAAACGGAGAGCAACAUCAAUUCGGUCGUGUCGGAGAUGCAGAAGACGGAAACAAAACAGGGCAAAUCGAAAGAUGCAUUCGAAAAGAUACAAGCCGAUAUCCGACUCAUGAAAGACGAGCUAUCGCGCAUUGAGCGGUUCCGAAAUCCAAAAGAGCGUUCAUUGGCACAGUGCAAAGCAAAUCUCGAGGCUAUGAAUAGCACAAAGGAUGGUUUAGAGAACGAAUUGCACCAGGAAUUGAUGUCUCAACUAUCAGUGCAGGACCAACAUGAGGUAGACUCAUUGAAUGACGAAAUUCGUCGUCUAAACCAAGAGAACAAGGAAGCGUUUACAUCGCGUAUGAGCUUGGAAGUGACAAAAAAUAAGCUGGAAAAUCUGUUAACUAACAAUUUGUUCCGUCGUAAGGAUGAAUUAGUACAGGCGUUGCAGGAAAUUUCUGUUGAAGACCGUAAGCGCCAACUCAACAACUGCCGUAACGAGGUGGUUUCGACGGAGAAAAGAAUUCGUAAAGUGCUAACUGACACGGACGAUAUUGAUCGAAAAUUAAACGAAGCCAUGAAGUUGCAGAAAACUCAACAGAAAGAAUUAGAAAAUUGGAUACAGAAGGAAAAAGAAGCACAAGAGAAAAUGGAAGAAGAUUCAAAAAGGAUGGAAAAAUGGGCGACCAAGGAAAAUAUGUUACAUCAGAAGGUUGAAGAAUGCACGGAAAAGAUAUCUGGUUUAGGUGCUCUUCCCAACACGGACGCCAGUUACCAGAAGAUGUCUCUGAAGGCGCUAUUCAAAGAAUUGGAAAAGGCCAAUCAACAUCUGAAGAAAUAUAAUCACGUCAAUAAGAAAGCCUUGGAUCAGUUUCUGAGUUUUUCUGAACAAAAGGAAAAAUUGUACAAGCGAAAGGCUGAGCUGGAUGUGGGAAAGGAUAAAAUUUGUGAACUGAUGCAGCUGCUUGAAGCGCGAAAAGUAGAGGCCAUUCAAUUCACCUUCCGCCAGGUGGCGGCAAAUUUCACAGAAGUUUUCAAAAAGUUAGUUCCUCAGGGAUGCGGUCAUCUGAUUCUGCGCACCACAAACGACACCCAAGGAAAUGAUAUGGAACGCGAAGUUGAGACAUCCGACGAAUUCACUGGCAUCGGCAUUCGCGUGUCCUUCACAGGCGUCGAUGCCGAGAUGCGUGAAAUGAACCAGUUGUCCGGAGGGCAAAAGUCACUGGUUGCUCUGGCACUCAUAUUUGCCAUCCAAAAGUGCGACCCGGCUCCAUUCUAUCUAUUUGACGAAAUCGAUCAAGCAUUGGAUGCGCAACACCGAAGUGCUGUGGCUGACAUGAUACACGAGUUGAGCGAUAAAGCUCAGUUUAUUACCACUACUUUCCGAUUGGAGCUGAUGGAAAAAGCGCAUAAGUUUUACGGGGUACGAUUUCGCAACAAGGUAAGUCACGUGGACUGCGUGACUAAAGAGAUAGCACGCGACUUC